CGCAAAACAUCGCAUUUCGUGCAUCUGGAAUCUCUUACAUUUAUUUACCUGUUAAACCUCACCUAUAUUAGUAUAUUAAGAUAAUUUAAAGAAAUUUAAAAAGCAUCUCUCCCGCUCAAAAUCGACUUCUUACUUGUUUUGUUCAUUCGUUGCCGGACCUCACCCUUCAACCUAACAUAUCAACACCCCUCCCUCCGUCGGAAUAGUCCAGAUGGCAGCACCCCCUCAACUUUCCCGACAGUUUUCUGCCCAUCUAUCAAACCUCACAUCCCGCCCCGGUGUCCAAUCUACCCUCAUCUUAUCACGGAAAGAUGGAUCUAUAAUACGCACAACUGGUCUCCUUGCCACACGCUCGAACCCCUCCCCCACGCGUCAAACCCCAACUCCAACACCGGCGUCCAUAUCCGAUCCCAUUCCUCCCGCCGCCUCCCCAACUCCAGACCAGCAAGCAACAUAUCCAGACCCGACAAACACGAGCAUAGACGAUAGAGGAGCGAAUACCGCUCAACAGCAAGCACAAGAACAACAACCACCAGCCGCUCCGUAUGAGCCCAGCCAAGCAGAAACAUUAGCCGCACACAUAUUUGCAUUUGUAUCCUCUGCUUCGUCUCUGAGCACGUCAUUAUCGAAGCCACCGCCAUCAUCAACAUCAAAUGGCGGAAACAGCGGCGGUAGCAGUAAUGAGUCGGAUUAUGGUGGAUCUGGCAUGACUGGUGGGGCCGCUGCGGCGACUAGCAACGGUCAUGCAAGGAAUGAUAGCGCGGAUAGCGAGGGACAUGAGCGUGAAGAGGAUGACGAGCUGAAACUGCUCCGGUUGCGGACGAAAAUUCAUGAGAUUAUAAUUAUUCCGGAUCGGAAGUUUUUGCUAUGUGUUGUGCAUGAUCUUUCUACUGCUACUGGGGGCUCUGCUGCUGGUGGUGGGAGCAAGGGAGGGGGGUUUAGUAGGUAAGAACCAUUUCAUGGGUGGGUGGAAGGGGGAUGGAUCUGGAUUUGGGGAGGUUGGGAUAUGGGAUAUGAUAUGGAUGAGAUAUCGCAAGGGGCAAAUCUAUCUUUUUUCUUCCUGACAGGCAGCGAGGCGCGAGACAUAAUGACACAGUUUUGUUUUGAACUUUUGAUACCCCGGUUGGCAAACCCUUUGAAGGUAUGAAUUACAUGUAUCCAGCGUCACCCUUUACAUGAUAUACAAUUUAAUAUAAAUGGGAAAGAUCCAGCAUUCACCUAUUGGCUUCACCUCUCCUAGUUAAGGUCACGUACUAAGACUAGGUUAUGUGAGACCGUACUCUUCGGCACUGGUUUCUAGGGGAUAGACUUGGCGGAUAUGCCGAACGGGGAGAUGAUACCUAGAUAUUUAUGCAUAGGGGAGAGAAAAUGUGGUUCAACGUGGUCAAAGUUGCGAACGUAUAAUCAUACAUUCAUGAUAAUCUCCGGAAGCACGCAUUUCAUCCUCGCUCUAACUCAUUUAGCAGGCAAAUAAGGACACCUUCCCACAGCUGACAUUCUGAAACCUGUAUCUCGUGUGGACUAUGAGCAUUACAAAGACCAGACUUCUCCCAUGUUCCUUUCGAAAGAUCGAAUACUUGCAGCAACGUUAAACAGUAAGGAGUACGCCAGCGAGCACGCGGCUCUCAUGACAACGACACACAAAGACGCUCCCCUGCCUCCUAGAUAUGAAACAUCCUACGCCUACCCCUCGCGUAAUCCUUCGUAAGGUUCUUGGGCGCAAUUAUUUCUUAUUGCCUACGUCGCGAAACAAAACAAGAAGCAGAACCCGUCAGCAGCUCGUCCCCAUUAGCAGAAGUCCAUCCAGGACUUUACAAAAUAUUGAGACUUACCACCCCCGUCAAGUGUUUCCGAGGCGGUUUCCGAUGCCUUGGACGCUGCAUCCUUGGCUGACUCUGAAGCUGAUCCGGCACUCUGUUUUGCGGUCUCAACGCCCUGCUGCACCGACUCGGAAAGCUUCUGGGCAGUAGUCUUAGAGUCUCCUGUAUUUAAGACAGGUACUGUUAAUCUAUGUCUGUAGCUCUGAGAGGAGGAUGUUUUGAUUUGUGAACGGAGCUGCUUGUCUACGACCUAGGUAAAACUGGGUAUGAAGCGGGGCGGAAGAGCUGGGCGGGGGAGCUGGGAGUGUAUUUGACGCACCUGGUUGGGUGGCUCCCUUCAUCUUAUCAUCAAUAUCGCCGGAGCCCUGAGAUCCUGGGUCUGCCAUGGUGUGUUGGCUGAGAUAGUUUUGUGACCGUGUGGCGGUGAUCCGCUCGGGAGAUAUGUAUUAAGUAUUUAUUAUGGAUGUUACUAUUGGAGUAUACGAUGGUGGUGGGAAAAGGAGCAGUAGGUAGUUGCGUUGUAAGAAACAUGGGGAGUGGGAAAUCUUGGGAUGCUCCAGGGUUCAUCUCUAGUUAAUAAAUAAGACAAGUGACGGUACAGUUAUGUCAUCCCGCCCGCACCUUCAGCAGUCAGCGGGUGCGCGACACGGGUACCCAUCCCAAUCAUUAUCAUUACCCCUGAUACAUGACUAUCAACGCGAGGCCUGAUCCAAUUCGCUAUGCAUCUCUUGCUUGUAUAGUCGAAUAUUGCUGGAGGGUUGAAGUGUGAAACUGAACAUUCUGUUUAAAAAAGAGUAGGAAAGAG